AUGAAUCACCAUGGGACUAUUCAAGAAAAGCAGAGUUUCUUCUCUUCUGGUGGUGUUCCAGUCAAGUUUGAGGAUGCCCCAAGUAUCACUUCAGAUAUUUGGAUUGCUGAAACUGAGAAAGCUCAGCAGAGUUUCCCUGACAUUCACUUUCAAUAUGAAUCCAUCAAGGGGGAUAGGUCUGGCAUGGUUCUUGUGGAGGAGCUCAAUGCCAGUGGUACUCACACUGGAAAGCCUUAUGGGUUUGCCCACUUCCCUCCUGUAUCAACCACUUACAAUUUCAUUGUCAACGAUCCAGAGAGGCUGUGGUUCAAGGUCAAGGAUGGCAAGAUCACUGCCAUGGAAGUGAUUUCUCUGGGAGAUCUCACUGGUCCUCCUGGCUUUUAUGCACAAGUGGGUGGCAAAAUGGAAAUGCCUCCACCAUCAGAAGAUUGA